AUGUACACAAACUUUGGAAAGUCGCACUACAAGUGUUGUGGUCGACAUAUUGCACUAGUAUACAUCACACACAUAUCGAAAGAUGCGAUGUCAUCCUACCGAGCACGAAACGAUGCACCGUUGGACCCAAUUGAUCCCAUAAUAACCCAAGGCGCAAUGACAGAAUCAGUGAAAAAUGUAUUCGUAUCACGUUGGGAUGCCACGGACCUUGCCGAAUUCCGAAAAGGCAACGGCAUCUGCACUGUCCCCUCUGCGCAGGACGAUAGAGCUUCACACCAGGACACGAUCGGUCGUCCCUGGGCCUUGUGGGAUUUUAGGCAGAACAAGGAUGGGACUGAUCAGGGACUCGAAGCUUGGGGUACCGUUCUAUUGCUUCCCGAGGGCAUGCCUGGAGGAUCUCCGCUGUUUUAUGCAGGUGUUGUUGAAGAUGCAGGAGGUUCUCUUUCUGUCCGAGUGUAUGGUAAUUACGGGCCAUGCAUUAUGACCACGUUUCGAAGUGUGGACGUUCAUUUGGGGGGAUCUGGUUUCGGUGACGCCGUGCUUCUCGAAGAUGGUGUAGUCGCAAUAAUCCGUAUGGCGACUCUGGAACUUCCGCGUCUUCGGAUAAAUACCUUCGGCCACUGGAAAUACAGUGGUUUCGCUUUCUAUGGGCGUCCUGUUCGCCGGUACCAUAUCAGAGGCAACGGUGGCUCGCCUUGUGGCCAAAUGGCAGUCAGAAAAGCACCAACGAAUGCUCCAAUUACUGAGGCAUCUGCUGGAAUGCAUGGAACAGUGACACCGACCAAAGUGACGACCAAUGGGGACAGCGCUGAACUUCAGCAGCGGCAGUUUCUUUACACGAAAGGCAACAGCGCCAUUUGCUACGUUGUCUUCACUGAAUGA